UAGAGGAUGUUGCUAGCAGCCAGUAUAGAUGCUCAGCCUUUUUCACAACAAUAACAUCAACCAAAUUUGCAUCUCCACAUACUUGAUCUGAGGAUUAUACAUUCCGAACGCUUUCGGAAAACGUGCAUUGGACCUUGGCACGCCGGAUUUCAUUAUUUAUUUUGUGGUUUCCAUCUUCUAUUGACAAUGGGAGCGGAGGGGUUUGCAGAUUUACAGGGCUCCCUUUCGCAGGAGCAGAAACAAAAAUCAUGGCUGGCCAGCUAGGCCGCAGAUGGAUUUGGUAGCUAACAGCAACGAUCUAUUCGUAUACAAAACUGAGCAGGUUUGGCGCCGCUCAUAAAACGUUGUGCUAAGACGCUAGUAUUUCAAUUACACGAUUAUUGUGAACUUUGUUGUCUUUUUUUGGCCACAACGCAAGCUAGUGAGACCGCUAGCUUCACAACCUUGACUGGUUACCGUCUUCUCUUCGUAGUUAGCUCCCUUAGCAAGCUAACGAUAGCAAGCAUCGUUUGGCUAGCAAUCCUCUGAUCUAAAACAUUUGGAAAAGACGUUUACUGCGGGAUUUAGUCUCAUUGUUGUGUGCUCGGUAGGCCUUUUUAUCGCAAAUAUAUUUUUGCAACGUCUGCACCUGGAUGAAUGUGGGACAAAAUGGAGACCCCGACGAUUGUGUACGAUUUGGAUACCUCUGGGGGCUUAAUGGAGCAAAUCCAAACACUGCUGGCGCCCCCGAAGUCCGAGGAGGUAGAGAAGAGGAGUCGGAAGUUGGUGAGAGACGUCCGGAGGAGUGGCAGGGCUACCAACCACGACACCUGCGACAGCUGCCGGGAAGGGGGCGACUUGCUGUGCUGUGACCACUGCCCUGCAGCCUUCCACCUCCAGUGCUGCAACCCACCUCUAAGUGAAGAAAUGCUUCCCCCAGGAGAAUGGAUGUGUCACCGCUGCAAUGUUCGAAAAAAGAAGCGAGAGCAGAAGUCGGAACAGACCAAUGGCCUACCGGAGAAGUCCUCAUCCAAGCGCUCUUUGUCCCCGACCGUGGAGCUGGAGAUCAACGCCGGCCCACUGCGGCUCGACGGCCUGCCACCGGGGGCUGGGGCGGCGGGGCCCGGUCUACGAGUGGCCCAGGUACGCCUCUUGGAGCGCAGGACCAGCAGCAGGCCAAGCAGUCGGCCGGGAACGCCCACCUCGAACACUUCGUCGACCCCGACCCCGUCGGAGGAGCAGAACGACGGGGAGGAGGAGGCAGGAGAGCCUGAGGAUGAAGUUCAGGGCUCAGAGCACGAGGGUGCUACGCUAUCGACUCCAACUCCACGCCUCCUCAAGAGGCCCUUUCAGCUGCUAAUAGCAGCAGCCAUGGAAAGAAACCCAACACAGUUCCAGCUACCCAGCGAGCUCACCUGCACCUCUGCACUGCCAGGUCAGUCACCCAUGUCCUAAACUGUGGACUUAUACUGUUUUUAUUUCACCAAUAUUCAAAUGUUGAGGCAAGGAGAAAGAAAUUGAAGGCAUAACAUUUGGAAUUGAAUUGGAAUUAGUUCAACAUAUUUUUGUAUUUUAUUUUCAUUGGAUUGGAUGGAAAGCCCAUGGUUGAACAAGGCUUUAAAUCU